AUGGUUCGACCGGUGAAAGACCCGGCAGCAAUCAAGCUCAAGCAGCCAGAUCGCUCUGGCCCGUCAGACGAGACACUCCUGGGCUUUGCAGAAAAGGCCGGAAUUCUAGAUGUGCCGCAGCAGAAGGGCAAGACAGAAGACGAAGAACCAUUGAUAGGACGGCUCGGCGAGUCUCUGCUGUGGAGCGUUAGUCUGACGAUGCUGCAUUUCACAUUAGAUGUGCUGGUCAUGAACCAAUAUGCGGUACAGCUGGAUUGGAACGAGCUUUUCCAAAAGACCAUACAAGCUCUGCCAGGUAGCCAAGCCUUACAUCCUUCGCAAGACACGAAUGCUGAUGUCUACCUAUGCAGUGUUCCUCUUGUUUUUCUACACUUUCCAUCCUCAUCCGUCUCCGUCUCUCAUCCUCCCAAGUCUCACAGCUCGAAUUCCGCCCCUGUUCCACCAACUUUUCUUCUUUCUCACGAGUGUCGUGGCAGGCUGCUAUCUCAUCCAUACAACCAACAAUUACAGCUCUUACGCGAUCAUGAAGCAAUCUCCCCCCUUGGGUUGUAUAUGGAUAUGGUCUGUGAUUGA